AAAAAAAAAAAUAGUGUGAGUAAAAUGCUCACCAAGGAAAACAAAAGUUUCGGAUUGAUUUUGGUGAAUUGUAUCAUAAUUAUGUUAGUUAUAUUCGUUGAAAGUAAAAGUAAUUAGGUCAUAUGAUUAAACAAAACGUGUUAAUCAAAUUUCAACAGUUGUAUAUAAGUUAAAAAUGCCUCGAGUAUGUGACGAAGACUCCGGCCGCAGCUCCUGUUCAGCCGCCUCUAUCGGCAUCGCCCACAAUAUUGACUACUUCAAUACGGAAUCUGAACAGAACUAUGUUAAAAGACGCUCCAAAGAGGCUAGCACAAACACAGACUUGAAAGUCAGUGUCCGUCCAAGAAGUUGUGCUGGUCUUAUAAAAUCUCCAGAUGAGAAAGACCCUUUCCCAAGCUGCCGAAUUCCUAGGACUCACAGAAAGGCUGUGUUUAAUUUAUUUGACACUCCAAGGAGAGGUGGACUAAGUAGUGCCCAUUCUACAUUGGACAUAGCUUGCAGCACUCAAAUUGAGGAGCCUCAGAUACAGAACAAUGCCGUUUCCAUGCAUGCAAUCAUGGUUAGUGACCACAGAGCUAAAGCACAUGAUAAACCUUUAAACAGCAAUUUCAGGAGAGGUAAACCCGUUCAAAGAGCUGCUUCUAGACUGUAUAAAGCAGAUUGUGGAUUAAAAGGCAAAGAAGGAUGUACGGGCCCAGAAUUCAUUGUCAGAGCUUCCCAGCCUGCUAAACACAUGGAUCUGACUUUAUCUUCAAUAGCUGAUAAGAAGAUGAUAACAGUUGUACUGUUGAAUGGACAAAAAGUUGAAGUACUAUGUGAUCCCAAUGUCAUAACAGCUGGUCAGCUUUUUGAAGCUCUGGUACACAGUGAAAAAUAUGAACACAACUUUAUGCUUGGCAUUGCAAUUUUGUUAGGAGGAGAUUUUGUGUUUUUACCAGAUGAUUAUAAAAUAAAAAAGAUUGCCCCUGAAAACUGGCAUAAGACAAGCUCAAAAAAGAAUAAACUUGUUGAUGGUGAUGAUACAUUGACUGUAUUCUUGAGAAUCAAAUUUUUCUUACCUAAGAAUGUCUCCAACAACAUUCAAGGUGGAGAAUGGAGGUAUAGGGUCUAUUUGCAGCUAAGGAGAGCUACAGUAGAAGGCCAACUGACCUCAACAAUACAGAAUCUCAUUCUGCUGGCUGGUUAUGCUUUACAUAUUGAAUUUGGAGAAUUCUCCUACAGAGAGCAUGGUACAGCUGAUUACUUUCUCCUUGAACACUACUUGCCUGAAAGUGUGAUUACCAAUGACAUGGCAGACAUUAAGUUAAGAAUGAAAAGAGCUCAUGAAUCUAGACAUGGGUUAGACAGAAACAAAGCCAUAAUAAACUUUAUAACAUUAGCUCAAACAUUCCGUGAUUAUGGGGCACACUUUUACUCAGCUGUGUGGGCAACCAGAGAUGGGUUUUGUAGAGACAUAUGGCUCUCCAUUGGCCCAAGAGGAAUCACACUUUAUUCCCGUAACAAUCAUGCUGCUGAAAUUUCAAAUGCAGCCAAUCGCAUAGUAUUACAAAGUUUACCAUGGCAUCACAUACACACAUUUUACUACAAUAAAAAGAGCUUGUAUAUUAUGCCUAACUCAUAUUCAGGUCUGUCCAAAAUUGGAGUUAAAUAUAAAUUAAAAAUGACAGACUCCAAAAGCUACUUUACAUUUUGGUUGGCUUCUCUUCACCACAGACUGUACUUAAAAUUAUAUGCAAAAGAAGACUUUAUAACAUAUUUAUCAGAUGAACUUAAUUGUCCUUUAAACCAAGAGAACAGUCCAGGCAAAAUAGAAUGGAGUAACUAUCAAGACAGCUAUAAUUUAGCAGUUAGAAAUCCUGUUAGAUCAAGGAGGCCAGUCAGAAGAAGAUUCAAAAUGGAUAUCUUUGGAGAUAAGAAAUCACAGAAUAAGGAAAAUGAAAAGCCUAAUACUGAGGAAUUAUUGAGACAAAUACUAUCACCCCAACCAAGUGAGGAAAGUUUGUUAAAUACAAUGAAUGUUAACCAAGGGAAUUCUUCUAAUGAUGGAUUAUCAUCUUCAGAAAGUUGUAGUUUACCCAGAAGAAAUGGUGUGAAAAUGGGUACAAGAGUGUUUCAUGGAAUGAAAACUGUAAAUAGGUAUCCCAGAUCACCAAUCAGAAACAGUUCUGCUGAUUGUCUAAGAUCCGAUGAUGUAGCCACUACUCAAAGUGAUUCAGAUGAUUUAUAUUCAGAACAAAAGCACAAUUGUCUUAUAAAUAGCAUGCAGUUGUUACCAGAGAGACAUUACAACCAAACUGCAUCUAAUAUGCCCACUGCCUAUGUACUAGAAUCACCUAAGGUAUACCCUGAAGUCUUUAACUACAAUGCAACAGUUAAUGAAUCUUGUCUGAACACAUCUUUAUUUGAAAAAUUGGAUAAUAUGGAAUGUGUUCAGGGAGAGAGAGUAUUUGUUACAGCUGUCCUAGAAAGAGAUGAGAUGAAUGCGCUUGGUCUUCAAGUAGCUGAAGGCUCAGAUGGUAACGUGUACGUAAAAUCCAUCACGCCUGGUAGUCCAGCGGAUUUAUGCAAAAAAAUUGUACCAGGAGACCAAAUCAUAUCAGUUAAUGGUAAAACUUUGCUAAAUGUUAAAUAUGAGAAAGCAUUAAUGAUGCUUCAAUCAGCACCUAAAACAGUGGAACUAAUUGUUCUUCAGAAUGCGAAUAAAGCCUGUAAUUCGGAACACCAAGCUAUAGAAUCUAGUAAAACUAGAUUAAAUUUGAAAGGUAUUAGUAGUAGUGUCGCUAGUGCACUUGACGCCGACAUCACGGACGAUGAAUUGUUAAAUGAAGAAGCUUUAAAAACAAUAUACGCACUUAUUAAACUAACGAAAGAAAAAGUGAUUAACAGAAUGAAAGAUAAAUCAAGCAAGCAAAGCACUCCGGACAAAAGUAAUUUACAAAAAUCUUAUUCAGAAAACAAAGUGUUUGAGGAAUCCGAUAUAGGAAAUUACUCGUCGCAAGAAAAUACGCCUCAAAAGAAUACUCAUAAGUUCAACACAUGGCGUGGACAAAUACCGAAUAGACCUAAACGAAGGCCUUUGAGCCUAAGCGUUCCGACUGAUGUAGAUUUACCAGAAAAUUACCUCGACAAUGUUUCAGACGAUCUGAUGAAGAAAUCGUCGUUAAAAUCAAUUCAGUCGUCUCUAAACGGUCUAGAUAGAUCGAAGAGCAACUCUGCGAAAAGUGUUGCUUUGCCUAGAAACUUCGGGUUGAGCAGGAGGUGGCUGGGUCCAGUCAGAUAUCCCGUCACUCCUUGUAAAAAUAUCAAUAUGGUCACUGACGUGAAUGACUCGAGUGCAAUUGUUGAAGGCAAUAUAAUGCGAAGGCAUUUCGUGUAUGGUGCUGGAGAUUCAGAUGAGGAUCAGAUAUUUUUGUAAAUUGUUAAUUUUACUGUAUAUUUUAUGCAUAUUAUAAAAAAAGACAAAUUUUAAUAAAUGCUUAUCAAUUAAAAAACCUUUUCUUAUUUGUAUUUAAAAAGUGAAACAUUAGUUUUCUCUUUGUAUUCGGGAAUACAUUCAGCAGCGUUUACAAUCAUCCAAAA